AUGAUGAAGCCGAAGUACUUCGCCGCCGCUGUUGUCCUCGCCGCAGGAUCUGCUGCCCACACCCUGAGUCCUUGCAUCCUCACUUGCAUGACGACCGGUGCCGCUGCAGCAGGCUGCUCCGGCAUCACCGACCUUUCCUGCGUCUGCAGGCCCGGGUCGUUCUUUGAUUCAGCUCAAGAGUGCCUCAAAUCGCAGUGCCCCGACGACAUUACUGCCAAUGCCACCGUGAACUCCCUCUGCGAUGCUCUCCUAGGUGGCCUCGAUUCGAACUCACCGCCCAGCUCGAGCAACAGCGCCUCCGGCACCUCUGCGACGGUGACGGCGGCGAGAACAGGUCCCGCUGCUCCAAACACCGAAGGUGGAGCAAUCGAGGAACCGUUCGUUGUCGACGCCACCGAAGAUGUCGUUACACCUUACAAGAUGGAGAUCGGGGAGAGUACUCUAUCAAAGAAAGGCUAUGGCUCGCUCGUAACGUAUGAGCCGCAAGAUCCACCGGGAGAUGAGCCGAGUCCCACAACGUACCCCACCUCGUCGCAAGACAGAUCCACUAUGAAGCAGGAGCUUCAGACCCAACAGAACAUUGUGACGAUCGAUCCGAAUGAGCCAAUGCACGAGGACACAGCGCGGGCACUCUUGGCAGCACUCCACAGGCAACAAGGCUCCGUAGGCGUCAACCAGGAACAGGAUGCUGGGCCGGUGGGGACAGCGAUCCCACCAUCGUAUAACCCCGGCUGGGCACAGAGACAGUCGGAGUCAUCAGGUCUCGGGAUCGCAUCGCCGUCUUCGGGCAUGAGCCAUUCGGCGUCUCCGCCCAAGCCACUCUCGUCGUAA